UUUCUUUCCCUCCCUGAUUUUUUCUCGGAAAAGAAAGAGCAGGAAAUUUUUUACGACCAAACUCGAAUUGCAGUUAAAAGCCUCAGAGCCACACUUCGCUAAUUCAAUUAUCUUUUAUUUCCGUUAAUUAAUUUUGGAAUCCCGCGCAAUCACUCGGAAGCAAGCAAUUCCCUUGUUCUCUCAAUCUAGGGCUUACACUUUGUUUCUCCUAAUUUCUCAUCCAAUGUUUCUCUCUUACGCCCUAAUUCUCGAAUCUUCGUAUCAAUAAAUUGAGCCCCGAUGACUGAGGAGAAGAGAGCUUCGUCGUCGUUCGUGAAGAAGGGUGACCGGCAAAUGUUCACGGUGGAGCUCCGGCCAGGUGAGACCACCAUAGUGUCAUGGAAGAAACUGAUGAAAGAUGCUAACAAGUUUAACGGAUCCACUUCGGUUCCCCAACACCCUGUAAUCGCUCCGGGACAACCUGUUGAGGUUGAAGAAAAAGAUGCUCCAAACCGUUUCAGUGCUGUAAUAGAGAAGAUUGAACGCCUUUACAUGGGUAAGGAUAGUAGUGAUGAUGAGGAUCUGCUUGAGGUUCCUGAUGAUGAUCAGUAUGAUACCGAAGACUCUUUUAUAGAUGAUGCUGAACUGGAUGAAUAUUUUGAGGUUGAUAAUUCUGCAAUCAAACAUGAUGGGUUCUUUGUAAAUAGGGGGAAAUUGGAACGCAUAAAUGAACCUCCUGUACUCCCUAACCAACAGCCAAAGAAAAGGCGCAGAAAAGAUAUAUUGAAGAAUCCUGGUGAAAAUAAUGAUGAUCGUGUGUCAAAUAAAAAUGUAAAAGUUGGCAAGCCAGCAUCUGGGAAAGCAGCUUCACUCCAGGCAAAGAGUAUGUUCAAUUCCUCAGAAAAUUUGGUGGCACCUAGUGAACAUUAUGAUGAAGACUUGAAACUUCAGAAUCAAUUGGAUGCCUCUGGCAUUGUUUCAAAAAAGAAAGCUGCAGAUACUAAACCAAUAUUGGACCCAUCUGUCUCUUUGAAAGCCUCAAGCGAUGAUGUUUCUGUCUCUGUGACAGAAGCAAAAGAUGCUGACAAGCAGAAGAUAGGAGCUUUUCAAUCUAAGAAUAUUAGUGAUAAAUAUAGAGAUGCAAGUGGAUCCUUUGAUGGAUCUCAUCAGAAAUACAAUGAAAAAAUUGCAUAUGCACAUUCCAAAUCCCAACCUGGAAGACCACCAAGUAUUAAUGAUUUGGAAAAUAUCAGUCGGUCAAAAGAAAAAAAUGGUAUGCGUGAACUGCCAGAUCUUAACUUGUUGUCUGAGGGGAAGUCUGCUACGCAAGCAACAAAAUAUGAAAACAUGCCCAAGAAAGAUGGUUCUAGUGCUAGGCCAAAAACUUCAAUGCUUGAAAGGGCUCUUCGUGAGUUGGAAAAAAUGGUUGCAGAAUCUAGGCCACCAGCAGUGGAUAAUCAGGAGGCUGAUACUACAUCCCAGGCAGUCAAAAGGAGGUUACCAAGAGAAAUAAAGUUAAAGCUUGCUAAAGUUGCUAGACUAGCGGCAAGCCAAGGGAAAGUGUCCAAAGAGUUGAUUAACCGUCUUAUGAGUAUUCUUGGGCAUCUUAUUCAGCUCAGAACAUUAAAGAGAAACUUAAAAAUAAUGAUCAAUAUGGGUCUGUCAGCAAAACAGGAGGAGGAUGAUAGGUUUCAACAGAUAAAGAAGGAAGUUGUUGAUAUGAUUAAGAUGCAGGCCCCAAUUCUGGAAUCCAAGCAACAGCAGAAAGCUGGAACAUCUGGUGAUUUUCAAGAAUUAGGUCCUGAUGGAAAAGCAAUAACUAAAAGGAAGUUUAGUAUGGAUGCUGCAUUGGAGGACAAGAUCUGUGAUCUUUAUGAUCUUUUUGUUGACGGGUUGGAUGAAAAUGCAGGCCCACAGAUCAGAAAGUUGUAUGCUGAGCUUGCAGAGUUGUGGCCCAGUGGUUACAUGGACAACCAUGGGAUCAAACGUGGAAUUUGCAGGGCAAAAGAGAGGCGCAGAGCACUGUACAACAAACAUAAGGAUCAGGAAAAAAUUAAGAGGAAAAAGUUGUUGGCACCUAAGCAAGAGGAGAAUGUUCGAUUUGAUUCUAGUUCAAUUUCUUCACAGCAGAACCUACGAGAGAGAUUAAUUCCAGAGUCUAGCAGUCAUGCUUUUGCUUCAGGAAACAAGCCAGUUUCUAAUACAAGCACAAGUGGCCGGGUCCCCAGUCCAAUGAAUGGUCUAAAACAGGAAAAGGCAAAGGGAAGUUCAAGCAGUUCCCUGGAUGAUGUGAGGGUUGCAGAUGGUGUUUUAACAAAGAAGGUAAAGAGAAAGCCAGAACUUGAGUUGGAAGUUCCUGAGAAGCUAGCUUCUUUGCAGGGAGAAGAAAGGCCCAAGUCCAUAAAGCAGUCUACUGGGCCUCUUCCCACCAAAUCAAAUGUUCAGCCAACAUCUCUCCCUGAUCUUGAACAAUCAAGCUAACAUCAUAUCGUGUAGGAGAUUUAGAGGUUUACGAAGCAGAAUGUGUCUAUCACAUUUUUUUCUUUUCAAUUUUUUUCCUAAUCCCACAUCUCCAUCAAAUCGUUUCUACUUAUUAUCAUUUUUGUAAUUAAAUGUCCUUGCAAUGUUCCUCGAAAUAUAGAUAGAUUAAUCAUUAUUAGUGAUGCACUUCUCUAAGGCAAUUGUGCUGUCUCUACUCCGCAUGUUAUUAUGAUACGAUAAACGAGCAUGACAUAUCUAGAAUGCUGGGUGAGUAGAAAAAGUUAUAUUAGGCUACUUCCAAAGGUUAUUGAAGGAAGUUUGUAUAUGGUUCCACAAGCGUAAUAAGCAAAUUCAGUGCAGUGGCCGUUUUUUUCCCCCAUCAUUUCUUCGAUAAUUCAUGAAAAAAA